CGGCGGCUCCGGGGCCUGCAGAGCCGGCGGGCUUGCGGGAGCUCUCCUGCGGGGCCCGGGCCCUCGCCCCCCGGCCGCAGCGGGAGGCGUCUCCGGGGCCGGACGCGUGUGGGAGGCGGGGACGAGCCGCGGCGGGCAAAGUCCAGGUCUGCACGCCACCGGCUGCGGCAGACACGCGCGCGAAGUCCAGGCUGAGAUGGAUCUCGAGGCAGCAAGGAACGGAACAGCGCGGCGCCCCGGGACGGUGGAUGGAGGCUUUGAACUAGGCAGCCUCAGCAUCAGCAAUGAAGGCAGGGAAAAAAAGAAGAAAGUGAACUUAAUUGGACCAUUGACACUGUUCAGAUACUCUGACUGGCAGGAUAAAUUGUUCAUGUUCCUGGGCACUGCCAUGGCCAUAGCUCACGGAUCAGGUCUUCCUCUUAUGAUGAUAGUGUUUGGAGAAAUGACAGAUAAGUUUGUAAAUAAUGCUGGGAACUUUUCCUUGCCAGUGAAUUUUUCGUUGUCAAUGCUAAAUCCAGGAAGAAUUCUGGAAGAAGAAAUGACGAGAUACGCAUACUACUACUCGGGACUAGGUGGUGGAGUUCUCGUCACUGCCUAUAUCCAAGUUUCAUUCUGGACUUUGGCAGCUGGCCGACAAAUAAAGAAAAUCAGGCAAAAAUUUUUUCAUGCCAUCCUCCGACAAGAAAUGGGCUGGUUUGACAUCCAAGACACCACUGAACUCAACACACGGCUGACGGAUGACAUCUCCAAAAUCAGUGAAGGAAUUGGUGACAAGGUUGGAAUGUUCUUUCAAGCAAUAGCCACGUUUUUUGCAGGAUUUAUAGUGGGGUUCAUCAGAGGAUGGAAGCUCACGCUCGUGAUCAUGGCCAUCAGCCCCAUCCUGGGGCUCUCCACAGCUGUUUGGGCAAAGAUACUCUCAACAUUUAGUGACAAAGAACUAGCUGCCUAUGCAAAAGCAGGUGCUGUGGCUGAAGAGGCCCUGGGAGCCAUCAGGACUGUGAUAGCUUUCGGGGGCCAGAACAGAGAGCUAGAAAGGUAUCAGAAACAUUUAGAAAAUGCCAAAAAAAUUGGGAUUAAAAAGGCCAUCUCGGCAAACAUUUCCAUGGGCAUUGCCUUCUUGUUAAUAUACGCAUCCUAUGCACUGGCCUUCUGGUAUGGAUCAACUCUGGUCAUAUCAAAAGAAUAUACUAUUGGAAACGCCAUGACAGUCUUCUUCUCCAUCCUCAUUGGGGCUUUCAGUGUGGGGCAGGCUGCACCCUGUAUUGACGCUUUUGCCAAUGCGAGAGGAGCAGCUUAUGUGAUCUUUGACAUUAUUGAUAGCAAUCCUAAAAUUGACAGUUUUUCAGAGAGAGGACACAAACCAGACAGCAUCAAAGGAAAUUUGGAGUUCAGUGAUGUUCACUUUUCCUAUCCAUCUCGAGCUAAUAUCAAGAUCUUGAAGGGUCUCAACCUUAAGGUGCAGAGCGGACAGACGGUGGCCCUGGUUGGCAACAGCGGCUGUGGGAAAAGCACCACUGUCCAGCUGCUGCAGAGGCUCUACGACCCCACAGAGGGCACGAUUAGCAUUGAUGGGCAGGAUAUCCGGAACCUUAACGUGAGGUAUCUGCGGGAAAUCAUUGGCGUGGUGAGUCAGGAGCCCGUGCUGUUUUCUACCACGAUCGCUGAAAACAUCCGCUAUGGCCGUGGGAAUGUCACCAUGGAGGAGAUAAAGAAAGCUGUCAAGGAGGCCAAUGCUUAUGAGUUCAUCAUGAAACUCCCCCAGAAAUUUGACACCCUGGUUGGCGAGAGAGGCGCGCAGCUGAGCGGGGGACAGAAACAGAGAAUCGCCAUUGCUCGUGCACUGGUCCGCAACCCCAAGAUCCUCUUGCUGGACGAGGCCACCUCAGCCUUGGACACUGAAAGUGAAGCUGAGGUGCAGGCCGCUCUGGAUAAGGCCAGAGAAGGACGGACCACCAUUGUGAUAGCUCACAGACUGUCUACAGUCCGAAAUGCAGACGUCAUCGCUGGGUUUGAGGAUGGAGUCAUUGUGGAACAAGGAAGCCACAGCGAGCUGAUGAAGAAGGAAGGGGUCUACUUCAAACUUGUUAACAUGCAGACAUCAGGAAGUCAGAUCCUGUCAGAAGAAUUUGAAGUUGAACUAAGUGAAGAAAAGACUGCUGGAGGCAUGGCCCCAAAUGGCUGGAAGUCACGCAUAUUUAGGAAUUCUACAAAGAAAAGUCUUAAAAGUUCACGAGCACAUCAAAACAGGCUUGAUGUAGAAACUAAUGAGCUUGAUGCAAAUGUGCCACCAGUGUCUUUUCUGAAGGUCUUAAAACUGAAUAAAACAGAGUGGCCCUACUUUGUGGUGGGAACAGUCUGUGCCAUUGCCAACGGGGCCCUCCAGCCGACAUUCUCCAUCAUCCUGUCAGAGAUGAUAGCUAUCUUCGGUCCCGGAGACGACGAAGUGAAGCAGCAAAAAUGCAACCUGUUCUCGCUGCUCUUGUUGGGUCUUGGAAUCCUUUCUUUCUUUACCUUCUUCCUUCAGGGCUUCACAUUUGGGAAAGCUGGCGAGAUCCUCACCACAAGGCUGCGGUCCAUGGCCUUUAAAGCAAUGCUAAGGCAGGACAUGAGCUGGUUUGAUGACCACAGAAACAGCACUGGCGCACUUUCUACAAGACUUGCCACAGAUGCCGCGCAAGUCCAAGGGGCCACAGGAACCAGGUUGGCUUUAAUUGCACAGAACACAGCCAACCUUGGGACUGGUAUUAUUCUAUCAUUUAUCUACGGUUGGCAACUGACACUUUUGCUGUUAUCAGUCGUUCCACUCAUUGCUGUAUCAGGGAUUGUUGAAAUGAAAAUGUUGGCUGGAAACGCCAAGAGAGAUAAAAAAGAUCUGGAAGCUGCUGGAAAGAUUGCAACAGAGGCAAUAGAAAAUAUUCGGACUGUUGUAUCCUUGACCCAAGAAGGAAAAUUUGAGUCAAUGUAUGUUGAAAAAUUGCAUGGGCCUUACAGAAAUUCAGUGCAGAAGGCGCACAUCUAUGGCAUCACUUUUAGCAUCUCACAAGCAUUUAUGUAUUUUUCCUAUGCUGGCUGUUUUCGGUUUGGUGCUUACCUAAUUGUGAACGGACACAUGCGCUUCAAAGACGUCAUUCUGGUGUUUUCAGCAGUCGUGCUGGGCGCAGUGGCUCUCGGACAUGCCAGUUCAUUUGCUCCGGAUUACGCCAAAGCCAAGCUGUCUGCUGCACACUUAUUCAGCUUGUUUGAGAGACAACCGCAGAUAGACAGCUACAGUGGAGAAGGGCUGUGGCCUGAUAAGUUUGAAGGAAGUGUGACAUUUAACGAAGUCGUGUUCAACUAUCCGACCCGGGCCAACGUGCCAGUGCUUCAGGGGCUGAGCCUGGAGGUGAAGAAGGGCCAGACGCUCGCCCUGGUGGGCAGCAGUGGCUGCGGGAAGAGCACAGUGGUCCAGCUGCUGGAGCGGUUCUACGACCCCCUGGCCGGGACAGUGCUCCUAGAUGGUCAGGAAGUAAAGAAACUCAAUGUCCAGUGGCUCCGAGCCCAACUGGGCAUUGUGUCCCAAGAGCCCAUCCUGUUUGACUGCAGCAUUGCUGAGAACAUUGCCUAUGGAGACAACAGCCGGGUUGUGUCCCAGGAUGAGAUUGUGAGGGCGGCCAAGGCAGCCAACAUCCACCCCUUCAUCGAGACGCUGCCCCAAAAAUAUGAAACAAGAGUCGGAGACAAGGGGACGCAGCUCUCAGGAGGCCAGAAACAGAGGAUUGCAAUUGCCCGAGCUCUCAUCAGACAGCCUCGGGUCCUGCUGCUAGAUGAAGCCACGUCGGCUCUGGAUACUGAGAGCGAAAAGGUUGUCCAGGAAGCCCUGGACAAAGCCAGGGAAGGCCGCACCUGCAUCGUGAUCGCGCACCGCCUGUCCACCAUCCAGAACGCAGACCUGAUCGUGGUGAUUCAGAACGGCAAGGUCAAGGAGCAUGGCACCCACCAGCAGCUGCUGGCGCAGAAAGGCAUCUAUUUCACAAUGGUCAACAUUCAGGCUGGCACACAGAACUUAUGAACUCUUGUUACAGUAUAUUUUUAAAAUAAAUUCAAAUCAUUUUACACUUCA